AUGGAAGACAAGAUAGAGUGGGUGGUCACUACCUCCAACAAGCAUGGAGACACACUACAAGAACUAAAAGAUCAAAUUGCCUCACUGGAAGAAGCCCAAGAAGAACUCAAUUACAGGACCAGGCGGAACAUCCAGAUACGGGGGCUCCCGGAAUCAGUUACACCAGUAACGGAAAUGGCCACCUAG